AUGCGUAUUUUUGUCAUCUCAAAACUUCAACUCGUUACACUGUCCCAUCGAUUUUCUACCAGACAAACGUCAUCUUUCCAAACACCAGUUCGCUCACCUAAUAACGGCUACGCUACAUCACUUCUUGCCGACGAUGAAAGUGGCAAUGAACCGUAUUUUCCUGUCAUACUCAAACCGUUCACUUUUGCUCUCAAUCCACCAGCACUAGUCGAUCCCUCGAGCGACUUUCGUGAAUAUGACGAACCCAGAUACGUCGAUGCCGAUGUCCCAUUCUUUGAAGACGAGAAUGACGACGUAUAUGAAGAGACCAAAGAGCGAGUUGAUGACGACGUGGUUGUGCGUCUGGACGAAUGGUUCUCCUCCUUGUGCGAGUUCUUUCGCCGGAGAGCAUCGUAA